AUUUUUUUUUAUUUUGUUUUGAUUACAGUGUUUGUGUUCCUUGAUAUCAUUGGGCAUAGUACAAUCCAUUUUUAAUGAACAAAAUAUAAUUCAUUGAAAUGCAUUCCAAAGUGGACACAAAAAACCAAUAUGUUCCCCGUGUAAAUCAGAUUGAUGCCAUAAAUUUAAACAAAGAUAUUACACGACUGAUAAGAGAUAAUCUUUUGGAGAAUUUACAGGCCAUUUCGCCCGUUUUGUUUGUAAGAAUACAACCUGAAUUGGAUUUAAUUAUACAGUCUGCACUUUGGUUUGGCUCGGUGGGAAAACGUUGCUCCACUUUUGGCCAACAAUUGCUGGUUUUAGCUUACGAUUCCGAACGUUUAACAAUAUCCCGUUUGGUUUUACAUUUUUGCUUAACUGUUCUACCGAGUUAUGUCAAGAGUUUAGAAGAACGCAGACUAAAUAGACGUUUUGAAUGGUUACAUAAAUGUUUGGAAUAUGGCGAGAAUGCUGCUCUGGUUUUAUCCGUAUUAAAUUUCUUUAGAUUUCUCAAAACCGGUCGAAAGCCCACAUUAAUUGACUUCUUUUUGGGAUUAGACUAUGUAAGUCUACGUCAUAACCAGCGAAGAGAUAUUGGUUAUAAAUAUUUGACCAGAGAAUUACUUUGGGGUGGAUUUAUGGAAAUCUUGGGAUUGGUUUUACCAAUUAUAAAUUUUCGGAAAUUGCAACGUAUAGGUAAAAGUCUAUUAAGUUUCAAAACAGCAUCAAGUCCUGUGGAUACCCAGCAGCAGCCUUUACAAGUAAAACCUAAACUUUUGCCUUCAUCUGCGUGUGUAUAUUGUGGCGAGCGUCCCACUUUACCCCAUUAUAUGGGUUGUGAACAUAUCUAUUGUUAUUAUUGUUUGACCGCUAAUAUAACUACAGAUUCAAAGUUUUCCUGUGUAGUAUGUGAUAAUCCUGUUUCUACUGAAGGCAUUCAGCCUGUAUGAGAUACAUAGUACCUACCAUAUUUUCCUUGUCUAGUUUUUAAGAAAUCGAGAUGGGACUUUAAUGCAUAUUAUAAAAAAACAUUCUUAUUUAAAAA